CCCUCAUCAACGAAUACUAAGGAUGCAUGGGCAGGACAUCUCUCAUCCCAAAAACAUGGAUUCGGUGGGAGUCUCAUCAGGCCUAACCUCUUCCGAUGGAGACCAGGCUACGGCCGCCCGUUCCGCAGCCAAAUAUGGCGGGUCUCAAGAACGGAUAUGUGAGAUACACACGACCCCUCGAUACCGGUCACCGACUUAUGGAUGCUCGUUCAUUAUCUCCGCACUACUUCUUCUGUCGACUGCACUUCUCGUAUGCACCAUCCACUCGAGUUUUUACCAUCAAUUGGACCCAAAGGGAUGCGUCAUGACCUACAUGUAUCCAGCUUAUUACAAGAUUUUGGGCUUUGACGAGGAGAAGACGCAGUUGGCGGGCAAGUAUGGCCUCAUGCUGUAUAAAAACUACUACGAUGAUAGUCCUCCAGUAUCGGACGCCAGCCAAUUGACCCAGGUCGGCGAAUUUGAUUUCACAAUUGCAAAGUCAGCAAAGAUCCAACCCACGGGAACUCCUGUGCUGUUUAUACCUGGCAAUGCUGGCAGUGCCAAACAGGUGCGCUCGAUCGCCACAGAAACCUGGAAUUAUUAUCAGCAGAGUGCAAAAUCGUCGAGGGACGGACCGGGGACGGAUCAAAUCAGAGUGAGGCCCAUAGAUUUUUUCUCAGUUGAUUUCAACGAAGAAUUUUCGGCGUUUCACGGACAGCUGCUCUUAGAUCAAGCGCAGUACGUCAAUGAGGUGAUCGCGUUCAUUCUUUCGUUGUACGGCGACAGAGGGUCCAGUUUUCCCCGGCCUAGCUCCGUCUUGGUUAUCGGCCACAGUAUGGGAGGCAUUGUUGCGCGUACAAUCUUUACUAUGGAUAGCUACUUACCAGGAUCUGUGAGCACCAUCCUCACGCUCGCAACCCCACACAUGGUCCCACCGCUGGCACUCGAUUACGAAAUCACUGAGAUUUAUGAGAGGAUCGAGACGUUUUGGAAUCGCGGUUACGAAGGUCCUCAUUCGCCACUUGCCAACGUAUCACUUGUCUCGAUUUUGGGAGGCAAUCAGGAUAUCACCGUGAAUAGCGAUGCGGGCAAUAUCCACCAUAUCGUGCCUCAGAGCCAUGGCUUUUCUGUAUUCACGUCUUCAAUCCCACAUGCAUGGGUCGGUUCGGAUCACCUAUCUAUCUUGUGGUGCAACCAAGUGGCGAGUACGAUCGCGAAAACGCUCGGGGACGUGGUUGAUGGGAGGAUUCCAGGUCAAGUUAAGCCAUUGUCUGAGCGGAUGAAAUUAUUUCGGAAGCGACUCUUGACAGGAUCAAUUGACCAGUUCGACUACGGCGUCGCUCAAACUGGCGAAGAGACCAUAUCCCUCUCUGAGAUUAGUCACUCGUUCGAGAAGCCAGGCAAUAUUUGGGCAUAUCCUCCUAUACACUGGCAGGGGAUGACUCCGCCCCAGAAGUCCAACAAACAUCUCUAUAUUUUAACGAUACCGAAAAACAAAGAGCUGGAUAUUCUCAGACUAUUGACCGAUGUCAAGUACGGACCGCUCGGGAAUCUUGCAAUUCUUUUCUGCAAAGAUAAAGCCCAGAACCCGGGGUCUGGAUCAUCGCUGCCAUCCACAGUUCUGUCAUGUGUACGCGAUCGCCUUUCUGCAGUCCCGAUUCCGCUCUCGACCACAGUCUCGACCAUGCCGCUGUAUGAGGGUAACAGCUUUACAGGGGAAUACCAGCUCUUCGUCUCCAAAUCUUUACGAGACUUUGCGGACUUUCAGUACAUGAUGGUUGAGGACCGAGGGAGGGCGUACUCUGAUCGUCAGUAUCUUAUUACAGAGUUUGCCAAUGAAGCGAGCACGGUGGACACAGUGAAGACCAGCACAAUCGGGCUUCUGCGCAAUGGCAUCGUGCGGAGCAAAUUUCCCACCGCACCGUCAUUGGUUACGACCCUCAGACUGUCUAAUGUUGCUAACAGUCUGCUGACAUACAAUCUCAUGGUCAAGGAUUCGAGUUGCAAUGGGUCAAACUCGCAGCGAUUCCAGCCUAUGAUGAAGCAGUCGAGCUGGACCAUGAACGAGGACAAAUACGCUGUCAAUAUUGCCAACAAGGCACUAGGAAUUGACAUCAACUUCCACGGAGAUCUCCCAUAUUUCGAUAAAAUCCUAUUACGGGAAGACAAAGGCAUCGAUCUGUUAUUUUGGACGGAUCCGACUUGUGCAGAACAACUGUCAUUCACAUUGACGGUCGAUAAGUACGGCAGUUUGGGCAAGGUCGUUAUUCGCUAUCGAACCUCGGUCAUUGUAUUUACAUUCAUGGUGGUCGUUUUGACCUUGCGAGCGCAGAUCAAGGGCUGGAGUCGUACUGGGGACUUCCAGCCUUUUGGAUUGGUUUUGAGCCGCCUGGCAAAAUCUUUGUUCUGGCAGGUGUCGAUUGGGUUCGCCAUCGUCUCUGUCGUUCAAUCUCUCAAGAGCGAACUAGUUCGUUUGAGUCCUAUUACUCUGGUUGGAACCACGGACUGGACUUUGAGCCAGGACUCGUGGUUUUCGGGCGCUUGGAUCGAUAAUAUGCUGCUGGGACGGAACGACAUUUUCUUUGCGUUCUUGGCCCCUGUUUUCUUCCAGCUCGCAGUCGGAAUUGUUGUGUUCGUGUGGUUCGUUCUGAACAGCAUUGUCCGGAUUGUUGCUCUGUUCAUGAGAAUUAUAAUCAGAGACAGCGCUACAGGCCAUAGUGAUCGUCAGGGUACCAGCAUUGUAGGUACAGUGACGAUGGCCGGUAUAUUCAUCUUGGUGGCAACAGUUGUUCCAUAUCAGUUUGCAUUCGCAGCGACCACCAUUGCACUCAUCGGUAUCUGUGCCAGUCUACUCGCUCGUGCUCAGCGCAUGCCGAGCACAAACUCUGAGGUGGCAUGGGGUCGCUUCCAUUUUUCAAUGGCCAUGCUGGUCAUGUUCUUCUUCCUCCUGCCGUUCUUUGUACCAGUUCUUAUGGUCUGGAUCCGGAACUUGGCCGUGGGCUGGCUCAAGUCUUUUCCAUCAGAUCACCGUGUUGACUAUGUCGCACCGUUCAUUGUAUUCGUCGAAAAUCUCGCCCAAGGGUCUGCAGUGACCAGGACAUCUUGGAAAAGAUAUGUGAGGAUAACGAUAGGGCUUCUGGAUGGAAUGAUGGUGUAUCUGGUCCUGUUUGGAGUGCGCUACAGCUGGCAAAUCUACUUCCUAACACGACUAUGGGUCAGUUGGCUGGUCGUUCUGCGUUUCCUGGAGACGAACAUUGGUAAGGCGAUGGAGAGCCGGAUACGACGUGCUGUCCUGCACAAGCAAGAGUAGUGCAAUACCAUAAAGGUCCCCUCAAAUGACCCAAGAUGGAGUAAAGCAGACAAAAUGCAUGGUUGAAAGAGGAAAUGCGAGCGAGGCUCAAUUGGUCACGUUCACAAUGCAUAAAAAAUUGCUUGCACAUCAUUCAUUUUGUGCGGGCAGGCGAUGUUUCCCCUUCUCAGAGGAAGAGAGGAGGAGGAAAGGGG